CUUCGGAAACCCUAUAAAAGGGGAUCGGCCCCUUUUCUGAUUUUUUUUUUGUUUCUACAGACUUUUAAAAAGAAAAAGCUUAACUCGACACAACAUGUCAGACACAGAAGAAUACGCUUCAUCCAUGACAACGCCGCCACGUACACCAGUUCCUACCUUUCGUAGCGAAACCGGAUUGGAACUACAUGUCCAUCCCUUGAUGAAAGAUCAACCUGCACCGGAUUAUGUCUUGUCAAACUGCCAAGGACGUAAACGAGCACUACUUAUCGGUAUCAACUAUUUCGAUACCCCAAAUGAGCUUAAAGGUUGCUUAAAUGAUGUACAAAACAUCAAAGAGUUUUUAAUUGAGCUGUACGGUUUUAAAGAGGAGGAUAUGCGGAUCUUGACGGAUGAUCAGACAGACGAUCCACUCCGCAUGCCAACCAAGGUGAAUAUUCUGACUUCGAUGCAAUGGCUUGUCGAAGAUGCAGAAGAAAACGACUCGUUCUUCUUGCAUUUCAGUGGCCAUGGCGGCAGAGUAAGGGAUACAAGCGGUGAUGAAUACGAUGGAUUCGAUGAAACCAUUUAUCCUGUCGAUUUUGACCGCUAUGACGAAGAUUCCGGACAAAUCAUUGAUGAUGACAUGCACGACCUGCUUGUACGACCACUGCCAGCAGGCGCUAGAUUGACGGCUAUUUUCGACAGUUGCCACUCGGGAACGGCAUUAGAUUUACCGUACAUUUAUUCGACUCAAGGAGAAAUCAAAGACCAUAACUUGUUCAAGUUUGCCAGCAGACGUAUCCUCCAUGCAGGCUUUGCUUAUGCCACGGGAGACAAAGAGAAUGCCAAAAUGUUCAUCAGUGAACUGCCUAGCCAACUCAAAGAGGCGUCAACCGUAGCCAGGGAAAACAGACGAACAAAUAGCUCGCGCGCAGACGUUGUCAUGUUUUCGGGCUGCAAGGAUCAUCAAACUUCUGCAGACGCACAAGACGGCGAAGUCGCAACUGGUGCUAUGAGCUAUGCAUUUACUACUACUCUAAGAGAAAAUCCUGAUCAAUCAUACCAAGAACUUCUUGUCAGAUUACGAGAAAUCCUCAGUGAAAAAUAUUCCCAACGACCACAAAUGUCUAGUUCACAUCCCAUCGAUGUGUCUCUUCAGUUUAUUUGUUGAGAUAGAAUAGAGAAAAAAAAAUAAACACAAAAAAAGAGGAAUAAUACAAAUGUUGAUUUUGCUAUGUGACAGAAUAUCUUUUUAUGCACCGAUCUUGAGUUUGGCAAACUCCUCAGCAGCCUUGGCUGCUGCAUCUAAUCCGCUCAAUUUAUCACCAGAACCCUGUGCGGCUUCAUCUUUACCGCCCUUCUUACCGCCCACAUUUUGGGCAACUACGUCGGCCCAGUCAGAGGCCU